CUGUGAUGCUGCGGUAGAGGGAGAGCCAGUUUAGCAUCACUGAGUCAGGUCAUCAUGGGGAACUGCUGCGAGGCCAUGUGCAACGUUCGAAAGAACACCAACGUGAGGGUCAGUCUACCUGUAGUCUGCUUCGUGUGGCAGAUUGCGAUGGUCAUCCUUUUUGGAGUGUUCAUCCGCUACGAUGAUGAGUCUGACGCUCACUGGGAGGAAUUCAAAGAGGAAAACAACAUCACCAGCGAUAUUGAAAAUGACUUCUACUUCAGAUAUCCCAGUUUCCAGGACGUCCAUGUCAUGAUCUUUGUUGGAUUUGGUUUCCUGAUGACCUUCCUGAAACGCUACAGCUUUGGAGGGGUGGGCUUCAACUUCCUGAUCGCCGCCUUCGGCCUGCAGUGGGCUCUUCUCAUGCAGGGUUGGUUCCACGCCCUCAACCCCGACACUGGAAAAAUCACCAUCGGAGUUGAGAGUUUGAUCAAUGCUGACUUUUGCUGCGCCGGCUCUCUGAUCGCCUACGGAGCCCUGCUGGGGAAGGUCAGCCCUGUCCAGACGUUGGUAUUCACCCUGUUUGGCGUCACACUCUUCGCCGUGGAGGAAUACAUCAUCCUCGACCUUCUACACUGCAGAGAUGCCGGUGGCUCCAUGGUCAUCCACGCCUUUGGGGGUUAUUAUGGUCUGGCUAUCUCCUGGGUUCUGUACCGACCAAAGCUCAAUCUAAGCAAACGCCUGAAUGGAUCCGUGUACCACUCGGAUAUGUUCGCCAUGAUCGGUACGUUGUUCCUGUGGAUGUUCUGGCCCAGUUUCAACUCAGCCAUCACAGACCAUGGGGCCGGUCAGCACCGAACGGCCAUCAACACGUAUAUCGCCCUGGCGUCAUCCGUCCUCACCACGGUGGCUAUAUCCAGCGUGUCCCAAAAGAGAGGCAAACUGGACAUGGUUCACAUCCAGAAUGCCACCUUGGCUGGCGGCGUUGCCAUGGGAACUGCGGCUGAGUUCAUGAUCAUGCCCUACGGUGCACUCAUUGUGGGCUUCCUCACUGGCAUCAUUUCCACUUUUGGCUAUCUUUUUCUCACGCCAUUUUUUGAAAAAUACCUGAAGCUGCAGGACACAUGCGGUGUCCACAACCUACAUGCCUUGCCGGGUAUGCUUGGCGGCUUUACUGGCGCAAUUGUGGCCGCGGCUGCCACUGAAUCGGUCUAUAGCGAACAGGGACUUAUCGACACCUUUGACUUUGAAGGAAAGUUUAAGAACAGGUCUGUCGGCACGCAGGGGGGCUUCCAGGCCGCUGGCACGUGUGUGUCCAUCGCCUUUGGGCUUGUAGGAGGAGCUCUUGUUGGUCUCAUCCUCAGGAUCCCUAUCUGGGGCGACCCCGCCGACGACAACUGCUUCGAGGAUGAAGUCUACUGGGAGGUCCCAGAGGAAGAGGAAAGCAUCCCUCCAGUGUUGGAGUAUAACAACCACAUGAUCAACAAGCACCAAGAGCUAUCGGAGUCCAACUUUUCUGUGGAGCAAAGCUAGUCACACAGUGGACCACCCCGAACCCUCCUCCAUGAACUGCACCGAUCGGGAAACGAAUAAUAAACAAAAGAUGGACACUUAUAAUUGCUUCAGACUAAGAAACACCUGACAUGGGAAUGCUUAACAUGUGAAAUUAGAUUUUGAAUGUAAUUUGAAAUGUGUGUGUGCUUGUGUACGUGUUGCAAACACAUCUCUUAGGAUCGAUGAUAGCGAGAAAAGGUCUGAAAUCAUUGUGUCGUGCGUUUAUCAAAGGGCAUUUGUAAAAGCAAUAUUUGGUCAUCGUAACCCUUUUAAAAUAAACUCAAAAUGUUUGUAAGAAGCGUGUACAUACUCUAGGAGUUUAAUUGUUAUAAUUGUUUUUUUGUCACUUCCUUGGCAAAGGUGGCAUAAGUUUUAGUGAUGAUAAUUGAUGUAUUGUGUGCUCUUGUGCUGUAAUAAUGUUGUUAUUUGUGCUCAUUUUGUUUUUCAAUCUAAUGUAAAUGAUAAAUAAAGAUUUAUUCUUAUUUUCAA